AUGUCACAUAGCAGCCUAAUUAGCCCAGAAACACAGAGAGAGAGAGAGAGAGAGAGAGGAAGAGAUGGAGGGAGAGAGGGAGAGAGGGAGAGAGAGAGAGACGGAGAGAUAAAGAGAGAGAGAGGAAGAGAUGGAGGGAGAGAGGGAGAGAGGGAGAGAGGGAGAGAUGGAGGGAGAGAGGGAGAGAGGAAGAGAAGGAGGGAGAGAGGGAGAGAGACGGAGAGAAAGAGAAGGAGAGAAGGAGAGAAGGAGAGAGGGAGAGAGGAAGAGAGGAAGAGAAGGAGAGAGGAAGAGAGGGAGAGGGAGAUAAGAAGGGGUAGGGGAUGGAUUGGGGGCAUUAUACUAUAAUAAUAUUUGCUUCUUUAAGAUGGCAUACAGGCUUUCAACCUUGGUUCUAGAGUAGAUUACUGGGGAAAAUUUUAUGAUAAAUAGUCAACCUUUAUUGGAAAAGCACAACAUCCUUUAACAUGGAGAAGGAUAUCUACUUUGAUAUAGAGACAACUACAACAUUAGGUAUAUACAAUAGGGCAAAGAGAUCCGGCCAUUCUCAAAUGAAGAGGUCCAACAACCCACAAGCAAUGCCUCUGAUGCCAUCUCCUCGUACAGCAUUUUGACUACUCCUCCACUACUCAUCCCACCAUCUCCAGCAUAGUUCUUUCCAAGAGCACGUCAAACCUCUUCUCCUCUUCAAAAAUUUCAAAUUCCUUUGCUCUUUGAAAUGUUACCAUUUUUAGAAAAGUUAAAAUGUGGUCCACCCAUUAAAGAAUAUUUAUUUUAUAAAAUUUAAAAGUAUUAAAUUGAAUUUAUUCUCGAUCUAUAUCGAUAAUGCAUAGAACAAUGAGCUACCACCUCCACAUAGCAAUGAGUGAGAAGCCAUCUAUGAGAAUGCAUAGAACAACUAAGAAAAUAUGAGGACACCACGUGUUGUUGAGAUGCAUGUUCAAGAGCUUCAAAGUUCACUCUAUUCAAGUUAUAGAUAGAUGAAGAAGAGGGGAAGAUUCAUGUGCAUUGUAAUCUUGAUUUCUCUCUUUAAAAUUUCUUUGUUUUUUCAUGCCUUAAUUUGAACAAGAAGCCUUCUGUUGUGUUUGGGCUUAGUGGGCUGGGUUGUCUUGUGUAAUAGCUUGUCGAGAUUGGGUCACUCUCCUUAUUAGGCCUCAAUGACUAAUUGUGAUGGGUCACACUACAAUUCUAGGCAUCAAUGGCUUUUUCAGCUUAGGGCUGCACAGCGAAUUGGGCUUCACUAGUUCAUUACUUAUUGGAUUGCCUCCAUUUGGUUUGAAUAUGAGGCUGAACCUCCAAGUUUUUAGGCCAACCCUUUAUGAUUAUGUUAUUGAACUAAAGGUGCAGGAUUACGUGGGCUACUUCUUAGCAGGCCAUGCUUGUCCACUUCCUUGGGCUGAUUUUGGGACACUAAUUAUAGAAAAAAUUAUCCAUGCAUUAUUAAAGUAUAUAAAAUUGUAACUUUAAUAUUUUGUCAUUCAAACUUAAUCCAAAUCAACUCAAAGAAGGAAAAAAAAAGUAGACACAUUGAAUCUAAUUUCAGUGUGAAUCAUCAUAACUUUAGUGACUUAUAAAAUUUUAACUUAUUUUUAAAUUAAUAUUCAUCAAUAUUAUGAAACUUUUGGGCAGAAAUUUCAAUAAGUCGGAUUUAAUUGAUUAGUUCAACAUCUAGAAUAAUGAAAAAUAUUGAUCUCGCAUCAUAAACAUUUAGUACAUUGGAUAAUAUUUUAUAAAUAUAUUUUACUUCAAUAAUUCUUGAUAAAUCUGAAGCGUUAGUAUUGCUUUCAGUCAAUUGUAAUUUUUAUAAGUAUUACAUUUUCCAUAAUAAUAAUAAUAAAUUAAUAAUUUCAACAAAAAAAACCAUUCAUAUUUCAUGAAUAUAGGACUCAAAUACCUGCCUUGAAUUUUAAUUUAAAUAUUUAAAAUCAUUCUUUUGUAUUCUUUACGAAUUUUGAACCUAAUUAAUUCAUUUUUAAAAUAAAUUUGUCUAAUUCAUGUGUGGUAAGCAACUAUCAUAAUUCGAUGUAUUAUUUAUCAUGUGAGUAUUUAUCAUCAUUAUAGUUUUAUUUAAUUAAUGCUCCAACAGUAGUGACUACUAAACACGUUGAAUAAAAUAACACAGCAUCAUCAUCAUAGAACCAAGCUGAAGAAUGGUACAAAAGAUCUCCAAAUUUUGAAUUAAAAAAAUGGGGAAGUCUUAUGCCUAUUAUUGCUAAUUGUGUCUCCUGAAAAAUUUGUAUCCUUACAUGGGAAUAGAGCUGGCCAAUUUCUAACCUUGGCUAAUAAAAAUUUAAUGCGUUUUGACCAUAAUAAGAGGUCCAAUAAGUUUUAGAUUGCCCACAAAGAAGCUUUGAGCAUUGACCUGUGUAUCAAAGUAUGGAUGUGUCCAUGAACUCCACUCCUACUACAUUUUAGAUCCGGUCUUUGUCAGUGCACGCUAAUAAUACGACGACAGAUUAAAAGAGAUUAUACACAUGAUUUACUAUUUCUGAAUCUAAAUCUGAUUUAUGAUUCUAAGGAAUUUGGAACCUAAGAAUCCAAAUAUGAAUUUCUUGGUGUCAUAGAUCGUGGACCGUGACGCAGUUGAUAAACGACUUUUCGGGUCAAUCACAACCAUCAUCGUAGAAGAUUUCGAGAAAGAGAGAGAAAAUCAAGGUUUGCACAGGCCCUCUUGAUGACGGCUUCUGCAUCAUCCACCCCAGAGGUGAUCCUCUUUGUCUCUUCUCUGGCACCUCAUCAUCCUUCGCUCCGACGAGGGUGUCCGAUAAGGCCGAAGCCUUGAAGGAACGAGCGGAGAACAGGAGCAUCCUUCCUGGAAUGGCAUCGAGAGGCGGCUAUCGGCUGCACCGCCAGGGUUUCUGACCCGACGAAUGUUGGUUGGACAAACCCAACAUAUCUGACAAAGUCCGGCGAAUGACGACUACGAGCGUAGCUCCCCCUCAGUGCCAACAAGAACAACAGCCACUACUGCUACUCCUCCCAUGGAGGAAGAGGAAGUAAGGAUAUGAGCCUAUCAAACGUUCUCAUGUGGUGCAGAGCUAAGUCAACCAACCCAAAACCAUAAGCUUUGAGUAAAAAAAGUACAUUUUUAAGGUUACUGAUUUAUCUUAGUAUUAACUAAUAUCAGAUUAUUAUCAAUUCAUAAAUAUGGUGCAAGCAAUCCUAGAACAACCAUUGUUUCUGAUAUCAUGUUAAAUCUAUUAGAUUGUCUUACUCACAGUUAAACGGGGGGGGGGGGCAGGGAGGUUUGGGCGAUGUCAUCACAUCUUUAUAAUUAUAGAUUUACUUUUAUAAUAAUGGAUGCAAAUAUUAUGCUUGAAAUUUCCUUUCAUUGAAAAUAAUUAGUACGAAUGAUAUCAAAAAGUCCUGGGGCUACUCUAUCACCAUCAAGCUUUCUUGGUGAAAGACCACCUAGAGGAACCUUUGGUUGCUCCAAUGGAGGUUUCUCUUGACUUUCACUUCGAACAAAAACUGAAGGCAUCUCUCUUGAAAGUAUCUCCUUCCAAAAUAAUACUAUGUGAGUGGAUGGAAAGACUCAACUGGCUUGGUUCCUAUUGAGCUUAUUGUGGCAUGAAGCUUAAAAUUAUAGUAGAUAUACGCUUAUAAUAACAUAUUUUCCUUUAGUAUUAAUUAAAAAGGGGCUACUUUGGCCGUUCUUGGGGAACAGAAUUAAAUUCAGAUGCCAAAGUUAAUGCUCAGAAAGGACACUCGUGCUGUGUGCUACAGAAACCAGGACACAGAGUUAGAAGCAUUGAUCUGUCCGUCCGCGGUCAUGCAUAAAAGCAGGGGCCAACAUUUAUGACGGUUGGUGGGUGCAUGUUACCUUCACAGUUUUCUUGCCCAGGAUCCCUGAGAUUGUUCUCAACGAGAUGAAGGCUUGUGCAGCAGUGGAUUUGAUGAAAGCCUAGGCUUUGAAAGAAGGAUCCUUUGAGAUGGAAAAUCCUGCAGCUCUCCUCUAUCUCCCUCUCUCCGUCAGCCGGUCGCCUCCCCUGCUCACUUUCAUCCCCUCUUUCCCCUCACUCUCUGCCGCUCGUCCUCUUUUGCUCCCCUCUCCUGAUCUCUCUUCCUGCACUAGCCUGUCUCCUCUUUCACGUUUUUCAAUCCCUUCUAAAUCCUCCCCAUCUCCGCCCUUUCCCUUUCUGUUCAGAGCUGGCACGCCAAGCCACGCCACGGCCACCACCCGCGAACCUCCUCCAAUCUUCACCGACGUAGUGGGGGAGAGGAGAGAAAGGGAGAGAGCUGUGGGACGAGGGAAAGCAAUGAAGGCCCUGCAGGUGGCCAUUUCAGCCGUCGAGUGCUACCUAGGUCCCAAGAAGAAGAAAUUGUUGCGAGCAGUCAUAGUGGAAAAAGUUGGAUCACAUAUUUACAUCAUUUUCUCAGAAAACUUUAUCAAUUUCACGAAAAUCAAGAGCAGAAAUUAUCCUGCUAUAUUACUAAAAAACUCUUACAUUUCCUGUUCUCCGAACAAUAACCUCUUCUGAAAACAAUUAUCCAUGGCGAGAAUGUCCUCCCUCUGGAGUUGGAGGAGAUGAAAGAGGUUGGGUCAAAGUUGAGGUCUCUCUGAGAGCAGCUCCCAAGCUGGAGAUCGCUUUCAGAGCGACUCAUAAACAUUUAGUGAGUGGCAUCGAGACAGCCUUAACUGAUCCAAAAUCGCUUCAAGAUAGACCUAAUCAUUUUAAUGAGAACCGCACGAGAUUAUCGAAUUAAAGCUCCGUAAGUGAAGCCAUUUAAAACUUUACGCGACACCCCCCUUUAUAGAGUGAGUUGCUAAAUCGGUUGGUGGUUGUAGCGGAUACUUCUGAUUGCCACCGCUCAUAUCCCAUGAACCUAAUCUACAUUGCCAGUUGGAUCAUGUGGACCAGGAAGGAUCUCCCAGAAACCAACCACUUGAAGCCACGUAUAAUUCAGACAAUCCCAAUCAAGCUCAUCCAAAUCACGUACAAUCAUUUUCUAAUACCUAGCCCAAGAGAUAUCCGAUGGAAGUAACAAAUGGUUGACUUGCAUGUGUCUUAUAAAACGAAAUUUACACGGGGCCCAAUUAUCAUCCAAAAUGAGAGCCAAUUUAAUGACUAAAGUAUUUUAGAAUAUUGAUCACACAUUCAUUAGUAGAGCAUUGAACCUAGAAUAAGUUGAAAAAUGUGGAAUAAAUCUAAUCUUGUUCCAAAAUUUCUAGUUUUAGAGUAAAUUAGAAGUGGGUGGGAUGAACGUACCUAUCAACCAUAUAAUAUACGGAAGAACCAAGAAAUCUAGUGAUAAAUGGAAGCUAGAAGAUUGGCUGCUAAAUAUUUGUAAAUAUUACACUUGGAAGUACUGUAAAUCUCAUGUAUCCUAAAAUUUUUCAAAUAUUCAUUUUUUAUUCUAAUAUUUUAAUUUAAAGUUUUCUUAAGAUCGAUUUAGUUACAUCUAAUUGACACAAAACAAGUAAACUGUAGAAUAGUUUCUCUUAAAUAAUGUUUUUAGUGAUUGUAGUGGCUUUGCCCAUUUUUUCAUUGUUAAUGACUCAGACUCUAUUUUUUAUCACGAGUUAAAAUUACUAAAACAGAUUUUUAUUGAUUUUUUUUAA